AUGGCAGACCUGUUCAAUGCGCUAGAUACUCGAUGGUUUUUCUCUCGAAAUCGCGAUGACGACGAGGACGGUCCUGGUAUCAUGACGAAGAAUGGUUGCCCAGAGGGCUCUGAUGAAGUUCAAUGCUGUGUUUUUCGCGAUUGCACCGUACCAGAGGGCCGGGGACUUUGCAAGGGUAUAAAGCAUACUAAGUGCUCUGGAGGGCAGUUUUUCUCAGGGACGGACCAAUCUCGACCAUGCCCGGGUUCCGAUGACAACCAAUGUUGUGUCAAAGACAAAGAUAUAUCCUCUCCAGCACCCAGCCCGGCAGAGACUUCUGAAGACCGGCAGACCACAGUGACUGAAACUUCCUCGCUUUCCUUGACGACGCCAUCUCCACCACCGCCAUCGAGUGAUCCGCCAACUUUAAUAAGCUCUUCGUCUUCGGAUUUUUCCAUUUCGCCCACGAUAACCACUACAUCUAGUUUAACAACGUCCCUUUCGACUACGCCAACCUCAGUGAAUUCUCCCUCUCCCUCCCCUUCCUCCUCUGCCUCUUCGUCUAUCUCUUCGUCCGCCUCUCCACCCGCCUCCCCGUCCUCCCGACCCCAAACAAUAUCCCUUACAUCGUCUCCGCCAUCCGAAUCCACUGUUGAUUCAGCCCCAUCAAACUCGAACGCAGAACUAUCUAGAGGCCAAAUUGGCGGUAUAGCAGCCGGCUCCGUUACUGCUACAAUAGCCAUAGUCUUUCUUCUAUUAUACCUCCUCAUGUACCGCGCCCGGUCUAGGUAUAACGAAAAAUUAGCCCGAGAAAACGCUUUUUACCGGAAUAUGAUGCCACCCGAAUUACCAGACUCUAGUGGCGGAACGAGUAGAUUUGUUUCAAACCCUUACGCAAUUGGAAGUGCUACGGCAUUUGGAGCCAAAUUGAGGCCUGCGGAUGUGGGUAUGGGAAUCCAAACAAUUCCCGAAAACGAUACGGAGUUCCCGGGAGGCGCUGUUAUUUCUGCACCUAUAACAACCAGCAGAAAUAGUCGAAGAUACGAGCUCGAAUCAGGACCGGCGUAUCGGACGUACAGGUCACGUCCGGCCGUCCUGGCUGCUGAGUUGGAUGGCUCACCUAUUGAAAUCGUGGAAGAGAAGCAGUUUGUAUAA